AUGCGGGGUCUAGGUUUUGAUAAUUCUCAUUGUUUUUAUGUGGAUGCGGUUGAUGCAUCUGGUGGUCUUGAAGUAGCUUGGUCCCCCGGAGUUGAUGCUUCGGUGUUUUAUCAUUCUGAUUUCUGUAUUUGCUCUCAGAUUAAUGAAGAUAAUUUUUCUUAUAUUGUGAUUUGUGUUUAUAUUAGCUGCAAUUCUGUUGUUCGAACAACCCAGUUGGCUCACCUUCGGGAUUUUUGUUCCGCCCUUACGCUUCCUUAUGUGAUCAUCGGCGAUUUUAACACUACCCUUCAUAUGAGUGAAAAAGAUGGUGGUAAUCCUUGGAAUGUAGCUCAGUCAGUUAGUCUAAGGGAUUUUAUCCAGGACUUAGGGCUCCAUGACCGGGGCUUCCUUGGUGAUCCGUUCACGUGGACUAAUAGAAGGAUGGGUGCGGCCUGCAUUCGUGAGAGGCUGGAUAGGGAUCUGUGCUCCCAGACAUGGGUUGACCGACUCCCAGAAACCUUGGGGAAGCAUUUCACAGACCAGGGCUCUGAUCACCGAGCUCUCCUCCUCUCGGACAAGCCCUACGCUCGCAAUAGUCGCCCUCUUUUCCGGUUUGAUGCCCGGUGGGCGGAAAACCCAGAAGUAAGGGCUAUGGUUGGCUAUGUCUGGAAAGAGGAGAUUCAUGGGACUCCCAUGUUCUGUCUUUGGGAGCGCCUUAAAAGGCUCCGCCAUCUGCUCUAUGAUUGGAGCAGGGCUGGCACCACGAACUCCCUGCGGAAUAUCAGGACUCUCUAG